CUGCUUGCUUUCGCCAUUGCUGUUGCUCUCUACGCUGUUUACUUAAUAGCAACUGCAGGUAUUAUGGUCUCAGUCAUUUUCUGUAUCUUCAAAGAAGACAUGGAAAUAAACUCUGAUUUGAACAAGAGCCGACGCUGGGUACUAGAUUCUGGCAAGACAACUAGGAAACUAUUUGUGGGCAACUCGGAGAAAAUCAGCUCAAGGAUGCUUUCUGGUGCGAUUUCCAGAGGUGAGAGAAGGGGUGCUCCUGCCCAAAGAUGGUGAUUCUCUCUUCUGAAGAUCAAGGUGCUCCUAACAGUGGAACAGCCACAUGAGAAGACUUGUGGGAAUGCGAGUCCACAACCAAACUUGCAAGAAAUAGUUUUUAAGGUUUUGUCUUAGCCCCAGAAGCAUUUUUUAAGAAGCUGAUCAAACAUGGCUUUAGCAAAUAGGAGACUUGAGAACUUGCAGGUCUACAAAGUUCUUCAGUGUGUGCGCAACAAAGACAAGAAGCAGAUAGAGAAGCUGACCAAACUUGGAUACCCUGAACUGAUCAAUUUCACAGAGCCUGUUGAUGGACUUAGUGCCCUGCACCUGGCCUCAGUUGCCAAUGACAUUGACAUGGUCACCUUUCUUCUCGGGCUUGGCGCUCACCCUGAUGUACAAGACCAAAUGGGCUGCACUCCGACAAUGAGGGCUGCGGAACUGGGCCAUGAGCUGUCAAUGGAAAUAUUAGCCAAGGCAAAUGCUGAUAUGACUAUAGUUGACAAUGAAGGAAAAGGUGUUUUGUUUUACUGCAUCUUACCCACUAAGCGGCAUUACCGUUGUGCUCUGAUUGCUUUGGAUCAUGGUGCAGAUGUCAACAAUUGUACCUAUGAAGGAAAACCAGUAUUUCUUCGAGCUUGUGAAGAAGCACAUGAUGUUAGAGAAAUGUGCAUGACAUUUUUGGAGAAAGGAGCCAAUCCAAAUGCUCUCAACUCAUCCACAGGUCGCACAGCUUUGAUGGAGGCAGCGAGAGAAGGGGUGCUAGAACUAGUCCGAGAAAUCCUGGAACGAGGAGGAAAAGUGAACACAUUUGACAAUGAUAGACAUCAUGCCGCCCACUUUGCUGCCAAAGGAGGCUAUUUUGAUAUAUUGAAGCUUCUUUUUGCCUACAAUGGAGACAUGGGGCUGAUUGCAAUGAAUGGGAACACACCACUUCAUUAUGCUGCCAUGGGUGGUUUUGCAGAUUGCUGUAAAUACAUAGCUCAGCGAGGUUGUGACCUGAAAUGGAAAAACUUAGAACAUAAAACACCCAGAGCUGUGGCUAAAGAUGGAGGCUUCAAGGCAGCAAGCAAAGAAAUACGCCGAGCAGAACGGACUGCUAAUAAACUGGCCAAACAGGGAGACCAAAACCCCAACCCAGUCUGGGCCCUCAGACUCCACGACUGGUCGAUAGAACACGAGGGUUUCCUGCGGGAAGCCUUCGCCAUCGUGGACAAGGGCGAUGGCACAGUCAGCAAAGAAGACUUCUUGCAGACACUGGAGGAAAGACAGAGCUAUGCGAACACGGAUCAGCUGGCUUUUGUAGCUCAACUGCAUGAGAAAGUCCGAGGUGGGGGAGUCAACAUUAACGAAUUCUUUAAAGGAACCAAAUACUUAGGCAAGACUUACGUCUUGGGAUCUUUUGGGCCUAAGAAAAAGAAGAAAGGGCUUGGCAAAAGGGGCAAGAAAGGCAAGUUCGUUUUACCUCUCCCCAUCUGUGUCAUUCCCGAGCAAGCGUUCGCAGGUAGGCCGGAUGGGGGGCCGCCUUAUUACGUGAUCGAAGCCUACCAAAACCUGACUGACUCCAGCCGCUUCAACCGAGACCGCCCGCCAGAACAUCCCAUUCAAGAUGACUCUGCUUGGUACAUUGAUGAUACGGGGAAGGUCUAUUCAAAUAUUAAUUUCAUCACCAAGGCAGGCGACAUGGCAUCCUUGAAAAAGGCUUUUGAGUCGGGAAUACCUGUGGAUAUGAAGGAUAGGUUCUACAAGACACCGCUCAUGACGGCUUGUGCCAGUGGAAACAUAGAUGUGGUCAAGUUUCUUCUUGAAAAAGGGGCAAAUGUUAAUGCGACAGACAAUCUUCUGUGGACUCCACUUCAUUUUGCCUGCCAUGCAGGCCAGCAAGACAUUGUUGAACUGCUUGUGAAAUAUGGAGCUUCUAUAGAUGCACUUUCCAUCAACAACUCAACUCCUUUAAGCAGAGCCAUUGAAAGCUGUAGAUUAGAUACUGUGAAAUACCUACUUGAUAUAGGGGCUAAAUUCCAGAUAGAAAAUAGAAAAGGUCACACAGCCAUGGAUAUUGCAAAGGCAUAUGCUGACUAUAGAAUCAUUGACAUGAUUAAAGAAAAGCAAGAUAAUAUGGCCAAAACAGGAGACAGUACAAAACUGAAAAUGAAAGUGUCUAAAAUGAAGACUGAUGUUCUUGAAACCAGAAAGGAAGAGGAGCCACUUUCAUCAAUAUAUAAUAUACCAGCCAUAGCAGAAGAAAAGAAAGCACAUAAGGAUAAUGUGGUUUAUCUCAAUUCAUUGAUUACCAGUGGUUUUACCAAGAAAGUAGAUAUAACAUUUGUUCCACGAAGGACAUGGAGUCCUGAAGCCACAACAGCAGAGCUGGUCAAGAAGCGGGAGAUGCGGCGAGAGAGGUUUACAUACGAGGUGGACUUUGAAGAUUUCAUGAUGCCUUUUCAGAAGAACAUCACAGAGAAGGCAAAGGCACUGGAAAGUGCCCUUAAGAUCUAAAUCACGGCAGCUGCUUCUUAGGGUAAAUGUUUUAAGGUCCAAAGUCCAAACUUUAGAUAGUUCCAUCAAAUUCACAGCAAUCUCUCUGUUAAGAAUUUGUUACCAAAUACAUAUGGACAACGUAACAACUAUAAAUAUUCUGAGAAAUACAGUGAAGAUGUGUUUCAUUUUUCAAUGGAUGGCAUUCCAUUUUACUCUACCCCCAUUUCCCCAAUCAUUAUUGAUAAUAUAAUAGAAUGACUGGCUUAUGGGUAUAAACAUUAGUGUCAAAAAGUAAAAGGUAUACUGUAUUACAUUUAUUAAAAGUAAUUCUAUCUGGGCAUGGUGUCAUAUACUUAUAAUAGAUAGGUGGAAGAUGAAUAGAUGGAUGAUGGAUGAUAGGUGAAUGGAUGGAUACAUAGAUGAUAGCUAGGUAGAUAGAUAUUACCUAUGAUUGAUAAAGACAGACAGACAGACAGAUGAAGAGAAAGCUUCAGGGAAUUGGUUAACAUGGUUUUGGGAACUAGCUGGCAAAGACCUAAAUCUAUAGGCCAUUUGGUCAGAGCUUUCUUUGGCAUCCAUAUGCAGAAUUUCUACUUUCUUAGGAAAAAUUCACAUCUGUACCUACCCCCAAAUACUUCUACAUGUACUUUCUAAAAAUCAAGGGUAUUCCUUUCUAUAACCAUAGUAAAAUUGUCAAGAUUUCUGCUGCUGUUAAAGCAACCAAUAUAACUUGUCAAUAUUGUAAAUCUAACUGUCCUAGAAGCUUAAUCGCACCCUUAAGAAACAUUAUAAGUAGAGAAGUCUAUCUAAGCAUCAAAAAGAUUUUGUAGAGGAAAUUUUGCUGACAUAAGAAGAUGGUCUGCCAAUAUUACGUGAAAAUACAAAGUAUGUUAUAAAUAAUUUGUACAGUAAUAUUGAACUUGUAAAUAUGUAAUGUAUAUUUAUAUAGUACUUUUUCUAGGUUUUGCAGGUUUAAGAGAUUUUAGUUAUAAAUUACCUGACUUGUACUAUUUAAUCUUACCUUACAUGUAUUUUCUAUAUUUUUAACAAUG